AUGAGCGAUAACACAUGGCGAAAUUCAGGCCGCCUCGGGUCGCCGAGUCUACACGACUCGAUGGACGACUUUGAAAGCUCUUUGGAUAGAGCACUCAAUUCUGCUUCAAAUAACUUCUUCAGUGCUCGUUCUCCCUCCAGGCACGGUUCCCAGGGCUCCAUAGCUAUUCCAAUGUCUACACUUAAUCCACAAGGGUCGGUUGAACAUGAUGGUGAUACUGACUCUCUUCCACUUAUGGCUGGUCACGAUACUACCAUGUCGGGUCCUCCUUCACCGACUGCAAUGGGUGGAGCUGGAUUGUCUAGAGGCCAACGAUUUUUCCGUCGUACGCUAGGUCUCUUCCGGACCAUCAAGGAAGAAGUGUCUAGAGAAAUGUCAGACCGUUCGCUUCUAAGUAACCCUGAUCCAGAUUCCGAUUUGGGCUCGGAACGUUACGUCUCGCCUAGAAAUACAUCCAAGAAGUUUCCUUCCAACGCCAUCUCCAACGCCAAAUAUAACCCCAUCACAUUUAUUCCACUUAUCCUAUACGAGCAGUUUAAGUUUUUCUUUAACUUGUACUUCUUGCUUGUCGCAUUAUCCCAGAUCAUUCCCCAGCUACGGAUCGGGUACUUGUCAUCUUAUAUCGUGCCGCUUGCAUUUGUUCUUACGGUUACUAUGAUGAAAGAGGCUGGUGACGAUAUAGCUAGACGUAAAAGAGACUCAGAGCAGAAUAAUGAGCGCUACGAGGUGCUUAAUCGUCAGUCACCUAUUGCUCAUGACGUCUCCAUGGUCCAAUCCAAGAACUUAAAGGUUGGCGAUUUGGUUAGACUUCAUAAAGAUCGUCGAAUCCCAGCGGAUAUGGUGCUUCUCCAGUCUUCAGACGCCAACGGCGAAGCGUUCAUCAAAACUGACCAGUUGGAUGGUGAAACCGACUGGAAACUUAGAGUCGCCUGUAAUUUGACAGACUCUAUCACCGAUGUCAGCAUGCUUGUCAAUAACAUUUCCCUAAUUGUCGACAAGCCAACAAAAUCUAUUCAUAAAUUCGACGGAAAACUUAUUUAUCAUCAAAGCUCUGCUAACAACAAGACUAUUCCACUUACCGUUGACCAAACCUUGUGGGCGAAUACUGUCCUAGCAUCCGGUACUGCCAUUGGUAUCGUGGUUUAUACUGGUGUCGAGACACGCCAACUGAUGAAUACUACCAUGUCUGGUGUUAAGACAGGCCUUUUGGAGUUGGAAAUCAACAGCCUCUCCAAGAUUCUUUGUGUUACAGUUUUUCUUUUGUCCGUGGUGUUGGUGCUAGCUCAUGGAUUUCCCUUGAAGAAGACAUGGUACAUUGAUAUCCUCAGAUUCUUGAUUCUUUUCUCAACCAUCAUUCCAGUGUCUCUUCGUGUGAACCUUGACUUGGCCAAGUCAGUUUAUGCAUCUCACAUUCAAAAGGAUAGAGAGAUCCCGAACACCAUUGUUAGAACUUCUACUAUUCCUGAGGAUUUGGGAAGAAUUGAGUAUCUCUUGAGUGAUAAGACGGGUACAUUGACCCAGAAUGAUAUGGAAAUGAAGAAACUCCAUCUCGGAGCCAUUUGCUAUGCCGGCGAUACCUUUGACAUUGUGGCAGAUUACGUUAGCAAGCUCCUAUUUAAUGAAGGAUCGGGUAGUUUUGCUUCAAAGAGGAAGGACAUGACAACAAAAGUGUGUGAGCUUGCGUUAGUUCUUGCCUUGUGCCACAACGUCACCCCUACGGAGGAGGAUGGAGAAGUCACAUACCAGGCCGCCUCUCCAGAUGAAGUAGCCAUUGUGAGGUUCUGUGAACAGGUCGGUCUCCGUCUUUUCAAACGUGAUAGGAACAACAUCUCCUUGUUGCAUUUAGCUACAGGCCAGGAGUUAAAGUUCGAGAUCUUGUACAACUUCCCUUUCAAUUCUGAUACGAAGAGAAUGGGUAUCAUUGUCAAAGACUUGGAACGUGAUGAAAUAACCUUUAUGGAAAAGGGGGCUGACACGGUCAUGGCCAAUAUUGUCAAUGCUACUGAUUGGCUCGACGAAGAGAUCUCUAAUAUGGCCCGUGAAGGCUUGCGUACACUUGUGAUUGGUCGCAAGAGGUUGAAUGCCGGUCUUUAUCAGCUCUUCAGUAGUGACUACGAACAAGCCUCCUUGUCUAUGAGCUCGAGGGAUGCUCAGAUGCAACGUGUGGUGAGCAAAUAUCUUGAGACGGAUGUGGAACUACUCGGAGUUACCGGUGUUGAAGAUAAGCUUCAAAAGGAUGUUAAGACCUCAAUUGAACUUUUGAGGAAUGCGGGCAUCAAAAUCUGGAUGUUAACUGGUGAUAAGGUGGAAACGGCUAAAUGCGUAGCCAUCAGUGCCAAAUUGAUCGCCAGGGGGCAAUAUGUGCAUCAAAUCACAAGAGUUCAUAUUGCAGACACUGCCAUGAGCCAGCUUGACUAUCUCACCAAUAAUUUUAACUCCUGUCUCCUCAUUGAUGGAGAGUCAAUUGCCUUCUACAUGAAGCAUUUCCGUCGUGAGUUUAUGGAGAUUGCAUUGAGGCUCCCCGCAGUGAUAGCAUGCCGUUGUACGCCACAGCAAAAGGCAGACAUCGCAUUGGCUAUCAAAGAACUUACCGGAAAGAGAGUGUGCUGUAUUGGCGAUGGAGGAAAUGACGUAAGCAUGAUCCAGUGUGCCGAUGUAGGAGUCGGAAUUGUUGGUAAGGAAGGAAAACAGGCUUCGCUCUCAGCCGACUUUAGCAUUGACCAAUUCCACUUUUUACUGAAGUUACUCCUUUGGCACGGCCGGAAUUCCUACAAGAGGUCGGCUAAACUUGGCCAAUUCAUUAUCCACAGAGGACUUAUCAUAUCGGUUGCGCAGGCAAUUUACUCAAUGUCAUCUAAGUUUGAACCCCUUGCAUUGUACAAAGGGUGGCUUAUGGUGGGAUAUAGUACAUUGUACACCAUGGCACCCGUAUUCUCCCUUACGUUGGAUCGAGACAUUGAUGAGAGGUUGACGAAAAUGUACCCCGAAUUGUACAAGGAGCUCACGUUGGGUAAAUCGUUAUCGUACAAGACCUUUUUCAUGUGGGUGGCUAUUUCAUUGUACCAGGGCAGCGUCAUUCAGCUUUUAUCGCAAAUGUUCCAAUCACUUGCAGCCGAUAAGUUCCUUGCCAUGGUUGCGCUUUCGUUUGGCGCAUUAAUCUACAACGAACUAAUUAUGGUAGGUAUGACCAUCAAUACGUGGAACAAGACCAUGGUGACUACCAUUGUGGUGACGCUUAUGAUCUACAUCGGUCUGGUUCCAUUUUUACCCGAGUACCUUGAUCUCGACUACAUCACGGACCUAUCCUACUACUGGCAAACAUUGUUGGUUUUGGCAGUCAGCUUGUUCCCAGUUUGGCUCACCCAGGCUGUAAACCGCAAGCUCAGGCCACCUACGUACGCCAAGGUCCAGCAAGACUGA